CACAAAUUUCUGUAGUUAUCAUGUAAUUAGAAGCGGCAGCUAUACCGCAUAAAGGGAUCUCAAGUGAGCAAACACGGAGAAGACACAGAAAAAUGCUGAGUUUUCUGAUAAGCCUCAUAGUGCAAGACAACACUUCCUGGUUGCUCCUUACAUCGUUGCUUUUUAUCUUACCCAUCUCCCUCACUGCGCUAUUCAAAUGGUAUUCCAAUCCUGCAAUCAGCAAAACCUCACUUCCUUCUCCGCCAAAAUUCCCAUUCAUAGGAAAUCUCCAUCAACUAGGUUCGUAUCCUCAUCGAACCCUCUGCUCUCUGGCUCAGAAGUAUGGCCCCUUGAUGCUUCUUCAUUUUGGGAAAAAACCUGUAUUGGUGGUCUCUUCUGCAGAAGCUGCUCGUGAGGUCAUGAAAACACAUGAUCUCGUAUUUGCAAGUAGGCCCAAGAUUAAAAUGUUUGAUAUACUAUUAUAUGGCAAGGACGUUGCAGCAGCUCCAUAUGGAGAAUACUGGAGGCAGCUAAGAAGCAUAUCUGUGCUGCACCUUCUGAGUAACAAAAGGGUCCAAUCCCUUCGCAAUGUGAGAGAGGAAGAAACUGCCGUGAUAAUGGAAAAGAUUGAGCGCGCUUGUUCUGCUAACGUAUCGGUGAACUUGAGAGAGUUAUUUUCAUCAAUUACGAACGAUGUGAUUUGCAGGGCAGCUUUGGGUAGAAAAUAUGGGGAGGAAAGCGGGAGAAGAUUUAUGGAGUUACUUGAGAAGUUUGUAGAGUUAAUGGGCAGUUUCGUGGUAGGGGACUAUGUACCUUGGCUUGAUUGGCUUGGUCAUGCGAGUGGCUUAUAUGCGAGAGCACAUGCAGUGGCUCAAGAGUUGGAUCGAUUUUUGGAGGAAGUACUUAAAGAGCACAUGAUGAACCACUCAAAAGAAGUCGGUGCCACUGGUAUUGAAGGCGAUCAUGAUUUUGUGGACGUUUUGCUUUCGAUUCAAAGGACAAAUUCCAUUGGCUUUCCCAUUGACAAAACUGUCAUAAAGGCUCUGAUCUUGGACAUGUUUGCUGCAGGUGCGGAUACAACAUACACAGUCCUAGAGUGGACAAUGACAGAGUUGUUAAGACAUCCAAGUGCUAUGAAGAAACUGCAAGACGAGGUUAGAAAUGUGAAAGCAGACAGAUCACACAUAAUAACAGAGGAGGAUAUAGAUCACCUGCCUUACCUGAAGGCAGUGCUGAAAGAAACACUUCGCCUACACCCUCCAAUUCCUUUACUAGUCCCUCGAGAAAGCAUGCAAGACACAAAACUACUCGGCCAUCACAUUGGUGCUAAGACGCAUGUGAUUGUGAAUGCCUGGGCAAUAGGAAGAGAUCCUGUGUAUUGGGACAAUGCUCAAGAGUUUGAACCGGAUAGGUUCUUGAAUAGCUCAGUAGAUUAUAAAGGACAAGAUUUUCAACUGAUACCAUUUGGAGCAGGAAGAAGGGGGUGUCCUGGAACACAGUUCGCAAUGGCCUUAAAUGAGCUUGUGAUAGCAAACAUUGUGUUCCAUUUUGAUUGGUCUUUGCCUGACGGAGAACAGGGGAAGGACCUGGACAUGUCAGAAACACGUGGCCUUACUGCGCAUAGAAAGAUACCUCUUCUGGGAGUUGCUUUGCCAUGCAAUUAGCAAGUGACCAACAUGCACGUCAAGACCAAAAUUUAAAAUUUUAAUGUGUUGUUUUUAAAUACUGGACAUCCCUCCUUCAAGUCUCUAAUUUUGGACAUAUACCGCUCUUGACCUCCUAUGUUGUUGAAUAAAAUUUGCGCAUAAUAAAAUAUAUUUCUGUAUGCCAUAUGCGAUGCAUGAUAUAACUGGUUUGAUGGGAAAUGACAAACUGUAUAUACUAGUGCGACUUU